AUGGCCGAACCAAUAGGUUUAGCAGCCGGAUUGCUAGCCCUGGCAACUUUCGCCUUCGAGUGCAGCAUCUCGCUCCACGAAACGGUUAAUAGUUUUCGCCACCAUCCGAAGCGCGUGCGUGAUCUUCUUGAAGAACUUGAAGCCCUGAGUGCUGUGCUUGGGCCACUCGGCGAGUUUGUCAAGGCCACUAGUGACAUAGACUUUUCGGCGCUGGAGCUUCCUCUUCUACGCUGUGGCGGUGCCUGCAACGAGUUUCGGCAGGAGAUUCUCAAAUGCUCGUCGCAGCCAGGCAGUAAUCGGACGAAUUUCCGGGAGUGGGCCAGACUAAAGUACAUGGGUGACGACAUAGAUGGCUUCCGAAGACUGCUGGCGGGGUACAAGGCAACCAUCAAUAUCGCGCUCACUGAUGCAAAUAUACGUCAAACAUCUGCCAAUACCGAAGCCCUAGAAGAUUACAAGCACCUUAUCCAAGACGCCAAGGAUGACCUUGAAGCUCGUCUGGAAAGUAUAGAUGACAAAUUGGAGUGCAUUGUUAACAAAAGCGUGGCUCAAUCCGGACCAGACGCUGCGGAACUGCAAUCGAUGAAAGAGGAGCGUUUGAGUACAGAAAAAUGCCUCCAGAUUUGUGCCCAGCUAUCCGAUCAUAUUGACCAAAUCCAAUUGACAUCGGACCGAAGUGGUGCCCCACAUGGCUCAGAUAGUGCACAUGUCUCGCCUGAAAGGGUCACCAAUGACGGCUUGCAAGAAUGCAAAAAUAGCUUGUCUCUGACGGCUGCCAAGCUAGAGAAACAUAUGCAAGAUGUCAUGAAUCGAAUACUCUUGGAAACCAAGACAACAAUCACAUCUGAAAAGGAUGCACAGGAUUUGGCAAGGCUACAGGAUGAAUGGAAUACCGCCCGACAGUGCUUGGAUAUCUGCUCCAAGGCGGAUGAUAAUCUGAAAGAGAAUGUUAGUGUGAUUGAAAAUUAUGGAACCGGCGAUGCCUUGCAAUUCAUGGUAUCCACCAAUGGUAAGAUCCUACAUGGAAAAAACCGAGCCUAUGGCUGGAGAACGAGACAAGUGGGAGGCUAUGUGAGCGAUGCAUCCGUCCAGCAGCUAUCGAGAGAUAUUGCAACUAUCAACAUGAACUAUCUGAAAAAGGCCGAGCCUUCUUCGACGGAUGGCAGCAUACCGGAUCAGCGAGAUGCAGUGGAGAGUGGAAUGACGGCUGAAUAUAAACAACGGUAUGGGCGAGGCUUCAAACUGGAACCGACUAGUUUCCCGGAAGCAUCGACUUCCUCUACGACAUCGAGCAGCCGGUGGACAGGAGAAAUGAAAAAAUGA